GAGGCUCGGGGCGCAGUUACCGGGUUGGGCGGGGGACAUCGGGGAGGGGUUUGUGGGUGAGGUCUGGGUGCCCCUCCCGCUGCGGAGAUGGAUGAAGACGGGCUUCCACUCAUGGGGUCAGGCAUAGACCUGACCAAGGUGCCAGCUAUUCAACAGAAAAGAACGGUGGCAUUUCUAAAUCAGUUUGUGGUGCACACUGUACAGUUCCUCAACCGUUUUUCUACAGUUUGUGAGGAGAAACUGGCAGACCUUUCUCUUCGGAUCCAACAAAUUGAAACAACUCUCAACAUUUUAGAUGCAAAGUUGUCAUCUAUCCCGGGCCUAGAUGAUGUCUCAUUUGAAGUAUCUCCUUUAAGUGUCACAAAUGGAUCACAUUCUGAAACUACUUCAGAGAUGUCACAGCAGAACAGUACACAAGACUCUGGACCACAGGAAAGUGAAGUAUCAUCAGAAAAUAUCUUAACUGUAGCCAAGGAUCCAAGAUAUGCCAGAUAUCUCAAAAUGGUUCAAGUGGGUGUUCCAGUGAUGGCCAUAAGAAACAAAAUGAUAUCAGAAGGACUAGAUCCAGAUCUUCUUGAAAGGCCAGAUGCUCCAGUGCCUGAUGGUGAAAGUGAAAAGACUGUAGAAGAAAGUUCAGAUAGUGAAUCUUCUUUCAGUGACUGAACUGUAUUUUGAUAAGAAUUACAUAUACAUGUGUAAGGGUACGUGUACAUUCUAUGAGUUUGACUCUUUGUCAUAGAAUCCAUCAAAUAGCCACCAAGCUUCCUCAUUAAAAAAAAUAAUAAAACAUUUAUAACCUGCCAGGAUGUCUUGUUACCAAAAUAAGUAUUCUGAAAUCAAAAAUAGAAUAACCUAAAUUGCAACUAGUGUUAUAAAUAUGAAGAUGAACUUUUCCAUGAAUUCAACGAGCAUUAUAAAAUGAAGGUAAUUGAGUUUAGUGACAAAAAAUAGACUCAUUGAAAAAAAUAAGUGAAUUUGACAAGAAUGGUGAAUAUUUUAGCAUGGAAAGUUAUAUACAUUUUUAUCCUAAAAAUUGUUAAAGAAAUUUCAGACAAAAUAAUACUGGAAUGAAAUUUGUGGCAACUUGAAACUUAUAUAGCAUAUCUAUUAUGGAUAUGGAACUUGAUAGUAUUUUUUAGUAUGCACAUUACCCCUUGGCCAAUUGUUCAUAUGAUUAUCAAAGUGAGAGAUUUUUAUUAUAUUUAUUUUCAAAUAGAAAUAUUGAAGAUAGUUAUAAUGUGGUUCAGAGUGAGCAAGCAUCAUUGUCAUCAGCUUCUUUAUUGCCUAAACAAGAAAACUUAAUUUGCACAAAGUUAAAAUGUUCUCACCUCACCUUGCAAAAAAUUCUUCAUAAACAAAUAUUUAUACAGUCUAGGAGACUCCCAAAAUACUAGGUGAAGAGACAUAAAUGUGUUUGAUUAAUGUUUCUCAUCUUAGUUUAGGUCACCUGAAAGUACAGUCUAAGAAAGGACAUGGGUGUCUGUAGGUCAUUUGUGAGGUGAUCCCAGGAGGCAUAAGUAAGAGAACAUGGAGAAAAAGGUGAAAACCAGUAUGAAAGGUAUAUUAUCAAGGUUGCUAUUUUGGUCUUGAGUGCCUCAAGACUUCCUGAGAAGCUUAAAGAAAGCCUUCUAAUAUUGUUCAUAUAAUAGAACUGCAAACAUUUAGUUAGCAGUUUUCAUUCCCCACAAUAGUUGAGAAUUGCUGCCAGGGGCAUUAACUACCCCUGCACUUCUGGACUGUGCUUUUGUUUGGAAAAGCAGUGUCUCUGAAUAUUGAAGCAGGACUUGGAACAGCAAGCAGACCAAGAUGCUCAUGCUUGCAAUGGAAUUUCACCAACAAAAAGGUCAAAUCUGAGCUCACUUAGAACUAUGCAAAGCAACUAUGACUGAUACUAGAAGAAGAAAAGAGGAUGUAAUAUGGGGCAAAAGAGGUAUUUGUUAUUAUCCACUCUUUGACCAUUCAGAACUGUUUGAGCUCCAUGUUAGGUCUACUCUGUCACCAAGACUUUGAGAUGAUGGCCAGCUGUAGCCCUCUUGAAAGACUACACAGGAAGAUUAGCUACAGUUCCUGUUGCUGUUCAUCAUCUCCUUCCUCUACCACCUAUUUUAGAUUUCUCUUAGUCUGUGCAGAAACUCAGUGGGUGUAAGUUGGUUGCCUGUAUCUUCAUCCAGUAGUGUCUAGGACUUUGGUUACUUUGUCCUUUCUAGACUACAAUUAUCACAAUUUUCUGUUUGCUGUUGAUACUGCAUUGCGUGAAUUGGUACAAUGCAUACUCCACAUCCUGGAGAGACAGUCCCUCAUCUCUGCAGGUGCCUGCCUAAUCUGAGCCUAUAAUAGGCCAUUUCAUUAUUCUGCUAGAUACAUUUAUUUUUGAUACUGCCAUAUGGCAGGAUAAGUGGAACCAAUAGUUCAUGUACCUAUUAUUGCUCUUCAUUUGCUACAAUUGUCCUGUAUCUGAGGUAGGGUAAUGCAGGAUACCAUGUUGGUAGUAGGCAUUAGGAAUACUGUAGGCUUUCAGAUAGUAAUGUGACUGAGCUACUGGUAGAAAGAAAGGAAAGCCCAAAUAAAGAGUAGGAAUUAAUUACAAUAAGAAAGAAUUGCUUCCUCCUCCAAGGUAGAAGGAAUUUAAUGAAGAUAACCAAAUGGAUAGUUAACCUCUUUAAGGAAUUACACCAAGUCAUUGGUCUUAUCCUGCAUACAUAUUGGGUAUUUAGCAAUGACCGUAACUACAUUAGUCUUAGAGAAAGCCCAAGCUAUUAAACCCAUGUAUAGCCACCAUCUCUGGCACCAUGAUUACUCCAUUUAUAAGCUUGUGUAAGCAUGGAGUGAUUCAGUACAACCUGGUUGAUAUCUACCAGAGAAGUCAUCUUGUCCACCUAAUCUUUGCCUUCUCAUGUGAGUGAUCUCUUUUUGACUAUGGUUCGGAUAUGACUUGAAUGUGUCCCCCAAAGAUUCAUGUGCUGGGAGCUUGGUCCUCAGUGUGGUAAUGUUGAGGUGGCAAAACUUUUAAGAGGCAUGGCCUAUUGGAAGGUAAUUAGGUCAUGGAGAUCUUGCCCUGAGAAGGAAUUAAUGCUGGUCUCAAAGAGAGUUCUUGCAAGAGUCAAUUGUUAUGCACUGUUGGCUCCUUCUGCACAGCUUGUUCUCUACCAUGUGAUGCAGCCUUGGAAGCCCUCACCAGGAAACUGGUGCUGUUCUCUUGACCCUCAAGAACUAUAAGCUGAAUAAAUCUAUUUUCUUUAUAAAGGUAUUUUGCUAAAGCAACACAAAAUGGAAUAAUACAGCAUUCCAUGGUGCCAAGUGCCUUUACAUUUUGUGCACAUUAUUAUAGUUUUGUCCAUAUGCCUCAUCCUCAGAUCUCUCUGACCUUAGCCAUGUGAUUUGCAUUGAACCAAUGGCAUGUUAGCAAGCAUGAUCCAUUGAAAAAUACUUGAUUGAUCUUGCCUUCUUUUGUGCUUCUGUUAUUGAUAUAAGAGCUUAAGACUAUCCCAGUUUUGUGGAGGGACUGAGCUAGUCUGAUGGAGGAUAAGAAACAUGUAGAGCAAAGAUAAAUUGUUCCAUUCACCCAACAGCCAACCCAAAACAUGAGCAAGACCAGCCAAAAUCAGAAAGUUUGCCUAACCAAUUCCCAUUUGACCCUGGAUGUGUGAAUAAUAAAUGCUUAUUGUGGA